UUUCUAGUAAGUUGUGUUUUCUCUCGACUAUGCCGGAACCAGCUAAAUCCGCUCCAGCCCCGAAGAAGGGCUCCAAGAAGGCGGUGACCAAGGCGCAGAAGAAGGACGGCAAGAAGCGCAAGCGCAGCCGCAAGGAGAGCUACUCGGUCUACGUGUACAAGGUGCUGAAGCAGGUCCACCCCGACACCGGCAUCUCGUCCAAGGCCAUGGGCAUCAUGAACUCGUUCGUCAACGACAUCUUCGAGCGCAUCGCGGGCGAGGCGUCGCGCCUGGCGCAUUACAACAAGCGCUCGACCAUCACCUCCAGGGAGAUCCAGACGGCCGUGCGCCUGCUGCUGCCCGGGGAGCUGGCCAAGCACGCCGUGUCGGAGGGCACCAAGGCCGUCACCAAGUACACCAGCGCCAAGUAAACAGUGAGUUCGCUGUAAACUCAAACCUAACGGCUCUUUUAAGAGCCACCCAUAUGCUCAAAGACAGAGCUGGUGCUUGUUUUCCGUAUAUGCUGGGUAUUUUUUGGUAGCUUAUUACUGUAUUUAGUCUGCGAACUAAUUACUGAACAAUAUUUCAGGAUCCUUCCUGUCGCGGUAAACUCGACAUGCACUAGCAACAAAAAUAACAUUAUGUGACCCUGGCAAAGCUCUAACUCUGUAAAGUAACAUAACGCCCGGAGCUUACUGUCAUUAGGAACUUCCUGCAUUUCAGUAGGGCUGUGCCACCAGUUCUGGCAACUAUUAGAUUAAGUAACGAUGGAAGAGAAAAUUCUUCAGUUCGAAGCAAAUUCAAAUACUCCCUGGGCAUCUGUCAGGGAUAAGAGUUGGAUUCGCGCCCCGGUGCAGAGGUUGCGCGGGCAGUUUGAAUUUGCCCGCGGAGCGCCCGCCUUUCCUCUCCGCGUCCUGAUUGGUUGCCGGGAUCCGGGAAGCACUCGCAGGGCUGGGCGCGCGGAGGAUUCCGCUUCCCGCCUUCCUCAGCCCAGCGCUCGUAGGCUCUUUCAGCAAACAUUGUCGGGUAAUCCAUCCAGCUUUUCAUUGUUUCCUUUUCUUUAGUGUUUUAUCCCUUUCGGGAAUGAGAUUAUUUCUUCUCGAAAUUUUCGCUGGAGAGAAAGGAAUUUGAAGGAUGUAGUAUUCAGUCUGAGAAAUGCCAAUGCUUUAUUUCUAAUUAGUAUACUACUCUCCUUUUGCCGUACGUUCAGGUAAUAGAAAAUAUUAUAAGACGAAACGACUAUUUCGGAUCCAAUGAAGUCACAGAAGCUUGAGGACAUUUAUCCCAGACUCUCUGAAACAAAAUCACUUUCUAUUUUAAAGUUCCUUUACUUAGUAUUUUAAAUCCUUUUUUUUUUGGCUUUGCCUGGACCCAGUGAGGAGAAACAAAUUCCGCGUCAUUCAAGUUGUCAUAAAUGAGAACCAGUCAUCCAACGAACAAUGUUUCUGUAGAUUGUAACUAUUCAAAAUUCUGUCUCUUUUAGGUAAAAAGCCAUGACCUAUAAAGCAUUUGGAAGCUUCCACUAUGGUUGUUUUGGGUUUAGGUAGUAAUUUUAAAUGAAUUUAAAUAGAUAAAUUACUACCUAAUAUAAGUAAAGCAGCUAAUCUUAGCACAGUGAUGUCUAAAACUGGAUUUUGUUAAAUGCAGUGUCGAAUAUACGCUUCUGCACUGACUCAGUUGACUCCAUGACUGAAGUCCUGUCCACGUUUCCAGGCCCACUUCAAUCUUACCUGCUUUCUGAAAUUUCUUCCUUUUUGGACCUUCUUCCAAGAGCUUGUCCAGCAUUUGGAAGUGGCCUCCAUAUAGGUUCUCAUAUGUAUCUACUUGAGUUGCUGCUGUUUGUUGUGCUUCCACAUACAGAAUGUACGCUCAUUAUGACAUGAAAAAUAAAGAAGUAAAGGAAGGAAGCUAAAAGUUCCUGUCCUUCACCGUCUCCAUCCCACACUAAUGAUAACUGAGUCCCAUAAAUAAACAGAACAUAAGGGAUUUUUGUCAUUUCUUAUCUUAUGUGUCACAUGAGCCCCCUGAUUCUCUCCAUUAAUCCACGUAAUCAGAUAAUUUCUGAGCCAAAUAGUUUUUUUUGUUGUUUCUUUGUCUUAUAGGGUAUAGGAAUCAAAUAAAACGCCAGAAUUUGGGGGAAAAUGAGAGAGAUUGGGACAGAAGAGUCAUAGGCAGUAGUCUAUCCUCAGAAGACAAUUCAUAAAGACUAAAGUUUUGAAAACUACAAAGUUGAAAAUGUCUCAGCCGAUUCUCCUAUUACUCAGAAAAUUAAACUGCCUAUGGGAUAAACAAAUCAGCAUUUUAUUUAGGGUGUCUUCGUGCUACAUAACUCUUCCCAGUUACAGAAUAUAUAGAUGACCUCACAAUAGAACUAGAAGAGAAAUAGAUCCUGGAUUAGGAGCUAUUUCCUGUAACUGAAAAGACUUUGCCUGCUCCUUAAGGUAGACAUGGGUAAUGAAACAACAUGCGCACGAUGUCGGCAAUUGUUGAAGCAUGCGUGAUGGACACUGGGAGGGUGGCACCGAGAGGAAUCAAGCGUUGGCAGGGAGAAAUUCCGGCGCUGAACUGAGGGAACAAGAAGAGAGGGCGUCUGCACGACGGAGGACUCAGCAGCAGUCCCCUCCUUCCAUCCCACAGGCUGGAGUGGAUUUAAGAUGCACUAUCGCCAUCUUGUGGCCCAUUAGGAUAAUGAACUAAAACUUUGUUUUGUGUUAUGGUUUCUAUCAGGCAGGCCAUUGCUAGGGUUUAAUAACUGCACAUAAAGAAUACAGUAAACAGUCCUGCUUCCAACCCGGUCCUCAACUGCCCAACUCCCCCGUCAAUAACAAAGAACCAUGUUUAUUA